CCCAAGUCAAUGACCAAACUUGGAAACAUCGCACUGGUGAAAACAGAUUUAUUUAAUUGCGAAUGACGACCCUGAUGAAACUGGCACAACCAUGAUCGAAAUUCCGGCUGUUGUUCGGACCGGUCUACUUGGAAAAUUCUUUCCAUUCGGAUUCUGCUAUGAGUUCAAACAUUUGAUUCGAUUGGCCAUCCCUAUCGCACUGACGACACUUGUCGCCUUCCUUUCCGGACCCAUAAGUGUUAUAUCAUGUGGACUGCUGGGCAAACACACACUCGCCACCGUAGGGUUGGCGACUUCAAUGUUCAAUGUAACUGGUCUGGCUGUAAUAACCGGUUUGUUGACGGCCGCCGACACUUUGUUUUCCCAGACGUACGGAAGUAAUAGAACACAUAUGAUGGGCAUUCAGCUGCAGAGAGCCAUCGUUAUCAUCACCUUCUGCUGUAUCCCAUGCGUUGCACUGCAUUUGCUUGCGGAACCUGUGCUUCUGCUGAUGCAGCAAAACCCACAAAUAGCAAAAGAGGCAGCCGAUUAUCUUCUAUGCGCUACCCCUGGACUAUGGUUUGCCGCAAUUGGACAAUGUUUGACGAAGUAUCUACAAGCACAGAACACGGUGUAUCCGCCUUUAUGGAUAGGCAUCAUUGGAAAUUGUUUGAAUGCCCUGCUCCAUUAUCUGCUGCUUUACGUGAUAAACGUCGGUGUUCGUGGAUCAGCUUUCUCUCAAGUGAUCGCGUACGCAUUCCAAUGCGCCUGUUUGGUCGCGUACAUCAUGUUCAAAGAACGGAAUAGCAGUAUAUGGACAGGCGUGUCUUCAAAGCUAUGGUUAGAUUGGGGCACAUGGCUCAAAUUGGCGCUAUCAGGAUUGAUCAUGGUGGCAUUGGAGUGGACUAUUUUUGAGCUUGGAACCGUCAUAGCAGGAACUCUCAGUCAAAAGCAGUUAUCCGCACAGACAAUUCUUUUCAAUACUGAAACAAUGCUUUAUAUUCUGGUACCAUUGGGCUUUGGAAUGGCCACAAAUGUUCGUGUCGGUCAGUUUCUCGGUGCUGGAUCUGCCGUAGGUCCAAAAUCGGUCCUAUCUGUCGCAUUGGUAACGGUUUUGCUCCUAACCUCAACUUUCGCGACGGGUGUGUUCUUACUGAGAUGGCAAAUACCGAAGGCGUUCACCUCAGACAGUGACGUUAUCGAAUUGACCGCCCAUUUGUUACCCAUAAUCGCCGCCUUCCAGCUGUUUGACGGAACAUCGGGUGUAUGCCAGGGAGCGAUUCGUGGAGCAGGUCUACAGUUCAUCGGUGCGAUCACGUGCUUUUGCAGCCAGUAUCUCUUUGGAGCAUCAAUCGCACUGCUGCUUGUCUUUCUAGCUGGGUACGGACUGCAUGGUCUUUGGAUCGGAUUCACCGUGGGGACCGUAUCCCAAGCGCUAGUUUAUUGUGGCGUCUGUAAAUGCAUCGAUUGGAAGAAACAAGUGGAGAUGGCACGCGAGAGAACGAGCGACGUUCGCAUAGUAGUUCCGGAUGAAAAUACACUAGAUGUUUGCAGUUCAGCUAACUCCUUGAUGGGUCGCUAUAAUGAGGACUUGGACUCAACCACCACUCUCUCAAGCCAGCAGACCGAAAAGGAAGCACUAUCGAAGAUCACCAAAAAAUCACCAAUCCCGUUCCGGAUACUAUUUGGAUUCAUCCUAAUUGUCUUGUUGGUGACAAGUGCCUGCCUCAGACAAUAUCUCCCUUGGUCAGACUACUUCGGGUUUUAUUGUGUUUUCCCCAACGACACAUUUAUUCGCGUCUCCAGCCGGAUUCCGGUGCCAACAAAUUGUUCCCUGGUUGUUCCAGGAACUCCACCUUGA